AUGACCAAGGGAAACGACUGUGUCCUCGAGCACGUCGACAACUCGAAAUUUGGAUACCCUUCUUCUGAUAUGUGGAACUGUUAUUGCUUUUCCGACAUGUGCAAUUAUCCCUUCACCUUCAAGGAAUUCGAGCGCCGUGGCCACACUCUCAAGCCAACGUUUGCCAUGGGAUCCGAUUGA